AGAGGCAUCGUUGCUUACUUUGAAAUUAAAUUUGACUUGUAGGAUAUUGUAGGCUAGCAAGGCUGAACUAAUCACCAACAUGUCCCAUUCACUUUCAAGUACUAAUGUGCAGGAACAGGAAGGAAUGCAGAACCCAUUUGAAUUCAGUGAAGACAAGAUCCUGGAUGAUGUUUACAGAACCCAUUUCGAUUGUUUUGAGAAGUGCGAUGUGACAUCUCUGCAAACGGUUGCUUCAAAUGUUAUCAACCACUCGAUCGAUAUCUCAGAGAAGGUCAUUAGUAAGGGUGACCAACUCAGGGAACAGUUCAGUGAAGAAAUUAACAUAAGUUCCCAACAACUUACUGCCAAACUGAGGCGGAUUGCUUACCUGAUGAUAUGCACUCCUCGUGGUGAACACUUCGGGCAUCGCACAACAAUGUUGAUUCUAGAACAACUGAAACAUUAUUCUUGGGAUGCAAAAGUAUUGAUAGUUCAAGCAGCUUUUUCCCUAGAAUAUGGGAAAUUCAUGUACCUUCCCCUGACCACACAAUGCCAGCAGCAGAUUGAAAAUUUAUUUGCAGAUUUGAAUGGACUUCUAAUGGUUCCUCAAAACACACAGCAUCUCCCUUACUUCAACAGUGUGGUGAAGAAGGCAAUGCAAAUGAUUGAAUGCAUCAUUGAGUGGAAGAGGCUAAUUAGUUUAGGGCAUGACAUAAAAGAUGUACCCACCUUGGCAGAAACUUUUCACCAGAUCCCUGUUGUUGUCUACUGGGCGAUCUUCACCUUUGUCAGUUGUACAGGUCAAAUUGAUGAGUUCACAGAUUAUAAGGUUCAGAGACAUGAAUUAUCGAAAAGCUUUGAGCCUAAGCUUGACUCCAUUCUAGGAAAAUUUAAGGAAUUUCUGGAAAGGUGUAGCAAGGAGAUAGUGAGGAUAGAAGACUACACCAGGCGUGAGAAAAUUGUGAUUCAUACUGGUAAAAAUAUUGUAAAGGUUUUGAAAGCACUCAUAAUCUCCAGAGAGAACAGGGAUUUAAGACAGAAUGUGUUUAAUGUCCUUACUGGAGAACAGGUUAAAAUCGAAGAGUUUAAGAAGUAUGUCUUAUUAUUCAUUUCGGGCCUUGAUAAAAUUGAAGAUGAGAUUCGGCUUCUAAAAUCAAUACACGAGAAGUUGAAGGAAAAACCGAGAGAAGUAGAAGGCUAUAGGAGUGAGGAUUUCAAGAUUUUGUGGAUCCCCAUUGUGGAUGAAUGGAAUGAGGAACGUAGGAAAAAAUUAGAAAGUCAUUUACAGUGUAAUAAGUUUGGAUGGUACGUAGUCAAAUAUUUCAAUUUCGAAACAGGCAUGAAGCUUAUUAAAGAGGUGUUCAAGUACAAGGAAAAGCCUAUUAUUGCAUUAAUAAAUCCUCAAGGUAAGGUGGAAAACAUAGACACUAAGCAAAUUAUAUCUGUGUGGGGCAUCGAUGGGUUUCCUUUCAGAACCUCUGAUCACUAUCGACUUACUCAGCAAUGGAACUGGUUUUGGUCUGAAAUGACCAAACUCAACCAAGGAAUAGAGAGCUUGAUCGAAGAGGAUUGUUAUCUCUUCAUCUAUGGUGGCAUGGACACAAAGUGGAUCCAAGAAUUUGCAACUGCCAUAGAGACAUUGAAGAGGGACGUUGCGAAACUCAAGUUGAAUAUAAACACCACAAUAGAGUCAUACCAACUAGGAAAGGAUGACCCCAAAGCUAUUCCACACUUUUGGAUUGCCAUUGAUAGCUUGCUUACAAGGAGGAAACAAAUGAAGAAGGGCAUUGACUUUGCAACAAGUGAAGAAAUAAAAAGGUUGUUGUUCCUCAAACAAGAUCCUAAGGGAUGGGCCAUUCUUAGUAAAGGGCACAAUGUGAAGUUACUUGGUCAUGGUGAGGCCAUGUGUCGCACGGUCAAGGACUUUGGCAUGUGGCAUGGAAAGUUGCAUGAAGAAGUGAGUUUUGAUGUGGCUUUCAGAGAAUACUAUGAGGAAAUAAUGAAGGAUAAUAAAGACUGUUCCAAAAAAUGUUUAAAUGUAAUUUCUUCUGGUUAUGCCAUGGAUAUAUUGGAACGAAUAGUGUGCCCUAAAAAGGAUUGUCGGCGUCCGAUGGAGGUAGCUUCUGUUAGUUACAAGUGUUGUCAUGACCGUAAGAAAUAGACAAUUAAUGUUACUAUAUGCAUGCAUGAGAAUAUUUGGUGAAACCAUUGGUGCUUGCAUGCACACAUAUAUGGGACUUUACCUUUGGCUUAAAUUUGUACAUGUAUGUUUAUUAUUUAGGUGAAUCAAUGUAUUUAGAUGAUGCGUUUAAAAAAUGUAUCUUAGAUAAUAAAGUUAUGGCACAAGUACAAGUAAAUAAUAGUGAUUUCCAUAUGCAGUA